AUGACAAAGUUUCGAAACGAACAGGAUGACACCUUUCAGUCCAUCCGGCAGAGAAUCCAGGACAUGGCCCAUGAUGAAUUGGAUGCUUUGGAAGCUCGUCAAGCCACAUACCGAAUAUCACAGGUUCCAAAUGAUGUGAGCCGGGAGCAGCUGCCGUAUUUCCUUCUGAGCUGUAGAGAGCUGCAAAUCCAGUCGGUGCAGGAGAUCCGGAUCCAUUCGCUGGCUGCACUCAGCGGGCAGGCGCAAUCCACCAAAACGCCCGCCGCGACCUUUGAGGAGGUGCCGCGGCUUCUGCGUAGCAGAUCGUCCCAGUGGAGUCUGUCCUUUUGCCACAACUCUUCCUACGGAACUCUUGUGAUUGACACACACUUUGAUGGGUUUACCGUUCUCAAUGACGUCCCCGAGGACAGCCACUCUCUCGACUUCAUCGCCAUCCCCGGUCUAGGACACCACCCUUUCUCCAUCUGGCAACAUGAUCCCGCCUCCGAUCCAUUCAUGUGGCUGCGGGACAGCUUGCCGCCGCUUGCCAGAGGGACGCGGGUGCUGCUGUAUGGCUACGAUGCCAGAGCCCAUCGCGGUAACCCUGCGACCGUCGAAGGCCUGGUGAUAUCGCUCAUUUCACAACUGAGAGUUAUCGAUCGGGCAUCUUUGGCAGCGAAGCCCGUUGUUGUCGUCGCCCACGCCCUCGCGGGAGUUGUACUCAAGCAGGCAUUGAUCGAACUGGCGAAUAGCGGUCAGACAGAAAUGUUCAUCCUGAAGACCGUCAGGUCUUGCCUUUUCUUGGGAGUUCCCAAUUCUUAUCCUGGGAAAGAGAUACUUGCUUCCAUGGUGGGCAACUCCCGCUUCAAGCACCUUCUGGCGAAGUUGGACACGAAGCCGAAUUAUAUGGCCAAAUUAGAUCGCAUGAUGAGCGGGAUUGCUCAAAGCCAGAACAUCAGUAUUUGCUCCGGCUACGAUACGAUUCCAGAUGGCGUUCUAGAGCCUGCGGAUCGCUCCUCGACUGGAAGGUCCAUUUCGCCACGCAACUGCUCAGUCAACAAACCCGACCAUGACAUCCUCAGGUUACCAGCGGGAAGUCAGAAGAUAGCUACUGUUGCCGCACAUCUUCUUAGCCAAUUCUCUCCCCAAAUUACUGGGCAAGAUCCAUCUCCAGUGCUGUCCAGACUGACAACAUGGCACCUAUUCCUUGACGCGUUGGACGAAUAUGAAGGGCGGCCAGAAGUGAUUGUCGACUUCAUUCAAUGCUCCGUCAGAAGUCGUUCAGGUGCGAAAACGCGUUUAAAAGCCUGCUUCUCGAGUAGAGAAUGGUCUACCUUUGAGAACACUUUCUCCGACUGCCCAGGGCUCAGAAUCCAUGAACAUACCGAGCAGGAUAUUCGAACGUAUCUCUCCGCUCGCCUGUCCAAUAUCUAUGAGUCUGGCAGCCUUGGCGUGUACGAUAAAGCGACCUUGUGCGAUAUCGAGGAGAACAUUGCUACAAGAGCCCAAGGCGUCUUUAUCUGGGUCAGAGCAAUUACGGGCAUCCUCAGACAAGAUUACCUUCAAGGCGUAUCUAUACUGCAAUUAUCAAAGAACGCCGAAUCCUUUCCUGAAGACUUGGGGGAAUUCUACACGGAUGCGAUUCGGCGCAUUCCGUCCGAGUAUCGCGAGGAAUCCUUCGUCAUGUUUGAGGUUAUCCUCCGUUGCGAGCAUCAGUUGCUCAUUGAAGAACUAAUCGCCACUGUGCAGUGUGCCACCCGCAACAACAUCCCCAGCUAUAUUGAAGCUAUGCAUUCACAUGAGCUGGACCAGAACCUCCUGCAAUGGGUUCAAGAUCGGGGAGCUGGUUUGGUCGAAGAGGUUCGUGACAAGACAACCGGUCUAAAGAUAGUGCAGUUCAUACACCAAAGUGUUCUAGACUUUGUUGCGUAA